AUGCAAGGUUUUGUAAAAGAUGGAUAAAUUUUGAAAUUAUGUUAAAAAAAGCAUAAUGAGAAUAGACGAAACAGUUAUGAAACUAAAAUGCCACCUUUUUCAGAUGAUUUUAAUAAUGUUUGCAGAAUUGGACCAAAAAUUUAGAAUGGUUCAUUAACUUAAAGAAUUCAUUCUUUAAAGAAUCUUUAAAAGAGAACAUAGUUUGUAAAAUAAUUGUUUACAUAAGAUACUUACACCGCAUAAAAAAAAAAGAGUAUUUGUUCUUCCUUGUCAAUUACCAACAAUUGGAUGUAACGAGAAGAAAACAAGGAUUAGUCUUAAAUUUCCACCUUAGAGGAUAAAAAAAAUCUUUUGA